GCCCCAAGCUGGGCCCUGACCAGACAACCUGACCCCGUGCCCCAGCCCGACCGGGCUAAGUGAGGGGGCACCAGCGGUACUCACGUCCAGCUGCUGACCCGGCGUGAGCUUCCAAGCUGCUGCCACCUUAGGCCUCUGGCCCCGGGGCAUAAAUAGGCCCUGCUCAGGCCACAGAGCUCAGAGUGCCAGGAAGGAAGAUCUGCCUCUGGGACCCAGCCCUCAGCCUACCCAGUGCAGCCCCUGAGACCAGCCAGCUUCACCAUGGGCAACCCGGGCUCUCGAGCUGGCCUCGCCCCCCGGUCCCGUCCCGGUCUCUCCUGCUGCUAUCUCCUAGCUCUCUUGGCUCUGGCCUCCGCCUGCUACAUCCAGAACUGCCCCAUCGGUGGGAAGCGCUCGGCGCUGGACGUGGACGUGCGCAAGUGCCUCCCCUGUGGUCCAGGAAGCAAAGGGCGCUGCUUUGGGCCCAGCAUCUGCUGCGGGGAAGAGCUAGGCUGCUACCUGGGCACGGCCGAGAGCCUGAGGUGCCAGGAAGAGAGCUACCUGCCCUCCCCGUGCCAGUCUGGCCAGAAACCCUGCGGGAAUGGAGGGCGCUGUGCUGCCAGCGGGAUCUGCUGCAGCAGCGAUGGUUGUGGACUAGACCCUGUCUGUGAUCAAGAACCCACCUUCUCCUAACCCUGGACGAUCUGGUCAGAUGGAGCAGCUCAUUUCCUACCCCUUUCUCUCCCCCUUCAAUAAAGCUGAAUUUCUGUGGCAUUAGUUCUGUCUGUCUGCUUUUUAGAGUGUGUAAGGGAAAGAUAGAUGAUGGUGCCCCAGAGUUUGGGAGGUAAGAGGCUACUCUAUGGGAUCUGUGUAUCAGGAGGAGUUUUGAAUUUUAAGUCAGAACCCCACCCCCACCCCCAUCCCAUCUUUGUUUUUAAUGGGGAAAGAGGGACCAGGAAUCUAGAGAGAUUAAUUCUCUUUUCUGAGGCUAAGUGGGACAAGGGGCUCUCUGCCCAGAGACCAUGGCCAGCCUGGGGAAGCUGGGCAGUUGUCUUCCCUCCCCUCAUGCACUAAAGGAGGCCGGGGUCACAGCAGAU